AUGGGUUCGUUACCAAGAAAAGUUUCACAUAGUGCCAAUAAUCCAAAUUUACACUAUUUAGCAACAGGUGGUGGACCAAACACAGCGAUGUAUAAACGAGGUAGUAGCGGUUCAGCUGGUGAUUGUGUAUCAUUACGUUCAAUAAGCUCCGAAGAUUUAUCGUAUGUGGAUGUAGAACAACACUGUUGUGCGAAAGCGUCAAAUCCAGCAUAUAAACGUGGCCGUCGAUUACAAUUAAUGCAAAUGUUAAUAUUGCCAUUCAUACCAAUAAUGGCAUUAAUUGUACAGACCAGUAUUAUAUUACAAGGAACAUUAAUGUACAGGAAUGAAGUUAUGGAUAUUGAAACACAGGUUACAAUAGCAACCGACCUUGGGAAAGUAGUGACCAAACUUCAGUUAGAGCGGUCAGAGGUGGCAUUUUUUAUUUACACAAAUGGGAGUAAUUCCAGGAGCAACUUUUCGCAUCGUUUUGAGGUCACGAACGAAGCAUUAACAAAUAUGACGACAUGGCCGCCUGUUGCGUUACCUCAAGAGAAUGGUAAAACUGUCUAUUUGAAUAAGUCCGAAUUUUUAGAUAGACGUGAAGAAUUUCGAGACAGGCAAAAAAUCAGUUCAGAUGAAAGUAGUAUUUCAGAGGUGCUUGAUUGGUAUACUGCAGUUAAUGCUGCCAUGUUAGAACAUCUUACAAAUCAAAUAAAAGAAACGGAUAACAGUGGCGUAUGGAGAUUAUUGAUAGCAUUUAAAAAUUUAUUACGGAGCAUUGAAAGUAUGGGUAUAUCAAGUGUAUAUGGUGUCAAAUACUUUAGUUAUGGCAUACUUGAUAAUGAAAAUUAUACGAGCUACGUACGUUAUGAUACACUUGGGAAAGAUCUACUCAACGGGACACUAAAUUAUGUACCAUCAAUGAAAGAUACAUACAAAGCACUUAUGAAAUCAAUGCCACAUUAUGGCCGUAUUAAAAAUAACAGCGAUAUCAUAUUAAGAAACAGGAGAAGAGCACCGAAUAAAGAUGAAGCCAUUGAUUAUUUUGAUUCGAUAACAACAUACACAGAGGAAUUAAGAAAACUUCAAACUGAAUUGCGUCGAAAAAUUCGUGAAUACGUAAAUGAAACAUUAAGUGAUGCAAGUAACAAAGAAGCUAUUGGAAUUGCAAUAUUAGUGGUUGUUCUAGCUUUAUCACCAGUGAUUAUUAUUUUAGUUCGAAAUGCAGUCGCUACAAUCCAGAUGUAUGCCGCAAAUUUGGCCGUUAAAGCUCGUGAACUGAAAAAAGAAAAAAGGAAAAGUGAUUCAUUAUUGUUUCAAAUGCUUCCACCUAGUGUUGCUACUCAAUUAAAACAAACACGGCAGGUACCUGCAGAAUAUUAUGCAGCAGUGACAGUCUAUUUUAGUGAUAUUGUUGGCUUUACUGAAAUUGCAGCUGAAAGUUCACCGUUAGAGGUGGUCACAUUUUUGAAUUCAAUUUAUAAAUUAUUCGAUGAACGAAUUGAAUGCUACGACGUGUAUAAAGUAGAAACAAUUGGAGAUUCUUACAUGGUGGCGUCCGGAUUACCUGUGAAAAAUGGUGACAAACAUGUGUCUGAAAUUGCAACCAUGGCAUUAGAUUUAUUGGCAGCGUCUACAUUAUUCCGGAUACCAAGACGACAAUGUGAACGUUUGCAAAUUCGUUGCGGAGUUCAUACUGGGCCUGUGGUAGCUGGAAUUGUUGGUUCAAAAAUGCCACGCUAUUGUUUAUUUGGUGAUACUGUCAAUACUGCAAGUAGAAUGGAAUCAACGGGAGACGCGCUACGUAUUCAUAUUAGCUUAGAGAUGAAAAAAGCUCUGGAUGCCGUUGGUGGAUUUAGAACAGAAUAUCGAGGAUUGGUUGAUGUUAAGGGUAAAGGAAUGAUGGAAACUUAUUGGUUAACUUGCAAAGAUGGUGGAAUUGCACGCAAUAUGGCCAUUGAUCAACCAGAAUUCUAUGAGGACGCUGAACCUGUGUUUAUGAGAAGACUAAGAGACGAAUGUUACAUAUGAUAUGAAC